AUGUUGAGAACUUCGAAUUUGAGAUCCGUUUCUCAAUUGCUGAAAAGAUCUAUCGCUACUCAAGCAGCUCCCAAAGCCCAAAUUACAGAGCUCUCCAACGGUAUCGUUGUUGCGACUAAACCAAACGCGGCAUCUUUGACCAGUUCGGUCGGUAUUGUGUUUGGGUCUGGGUCCACAGCCGAAAAUCCUUACAACAAUGGUGUCUCGAAUAUUUUGUCGAGUGCUUUCACAAGCUCUGGCAAUUUAGCUGAAGCUGAAAAAUUGGGAUUCUCGCUGGAAUCAGCUGUUGGCAGAGACUAUCAGUCAUACAUCGUUAAUUCGACCCCUGGUAAGGUUGCUAAAUCUUUAGAUUUCUUGCAAUCUAAAAUUUCUGCUCCGUUGUCUGACAAAAGUUUUGAAACUACAAAAAGCAUAGUCUUGAGAAAUGUUGGACAAUUUGAAACGAACGACCAUGCUAUCCGUGUAAUGGAGCAUUUACAUGCAACUGCUUUCCAAAACACUCCAUUGUCUUUGCCAACCAGAGGUACUACGGAAACUUUGGAAACUUUGGUUAAAUCUGAUCUCGAAGCUUUUGCCAAACAACAUUUUUCCUCUGCCAAUGCUGUCGUGGUUGGUUCUGGUAAUUUGGAACAUGACGAAUUGGUCAAAUCUGUUGAAAAACAAAUCUCUUUACAAUCGGGUUCAAAACUUUAUCCAAAAGCGCCAUCAAGCUUUUUAGGUUCGGAAGUGAGAUUGAGAGAUGAUACUUUACCAAAGGCUUGGAUCUCGAUUGCUGUUGAAGGUGAGCCAGUUACUUCGCCGGAUUUCUUUACUGCACAAUUAGCUGCCCAAAUUUUUGGCACCUACAACUCCUUUGAGCCAUCCUCAAGAUUACAAGGUACUAAACUAAUUGAUGAAGUGCAAGAGUAUCAAAUAUGUGAUUCUUUCAACCAUUUCUCCUUAUCGUAUCAGGACGCUGGUUUAUGGGGCUUUUCCACCGUUACUAGUAACAUCACAAGUAUUGAUGACCUUGUACAUUUCACAUUGAAACAAUGGAAUAGGUUAACUACCUCAAUUACUGAAACUGAAGUUUCUCGUGCUAAGGCUUUAUUAAAAUUGAAAUUGGCAUCUGAGGCUACUGAUAAUUCUUCUAUUGCAACACAUUUAGGUGUCGCUACCUUAGCCAAAUUUCCUCAGCUUGAUUACAAUGAAGUAUUUGCAAAGAUCAAUGGUUUGACCGUUAAGGAUGUCAAACAAUGGGCUGGUAAGAGAUUAUGGGAUCAAGAUAUUGCUAUUUCUGGCUCCGGUCAAAUUGAAGGGUUGUUAGACUAUGCCAGAAUUAGAAACGAUAUGUCCAUGAUGAGAUGGUAA